AUGAUUACCGAUCGCAACAAAUUCAAUUUUGUUACGAUAUGCAUUGGUUUAAGCUUCCUGCUCACCAGCGCAAGCGUGGUGUCCGCGCAAGCAACGAGCAAUGCGCAGCAGGAGACAAAUCAACAGCAGCAGCUGCAAACGCCUGAGCAAAACCAGGCGGCUAUCGCAACUAUAACAGUGGUGGACAACAACAACAAAGAUGAGAAGACUAAUGCGAUUUUAAAUGAGCCAAUAAACGAUGUGGCGCACGCAUUCAGCCCGCGCUUGGAUUACAGCAACGAAUGGCGACCUGUGGGCCGUGGAGAUCCACUGAAAAACGAUCCAACAUUCGAUUACAGCCCGCCAACGCUGGAGCAUGUACGCUACUGGGCGGAGACAACCACAAAGGAUGGUGGCAAUAGCAAAGAGGAGAGCGACAGCGGCAAGCAGGAUAUAAAUAGCGUGCGCUUUGCUGCCCACCCCGGCCAACAGGACAUUCCAAAGUACGGCAUGCCGAAUGAACAUUUACGAGGCAGCAACGGUGGCAUACAUGCAUCGUCGCAUGCACCCCAACAACAUGCACAUAUGAACCAACAUGUUGUUAUGCCACACCAGCACUACCAUCAAUCCCACCAUCCGGGCGCCGUUAAAAAUGCAAAAGGUGAAAUACCACUAGUACAACCGAAAUACACCUCAGUGCGUCGCAGCUAUUAUGCACAACAACCACCGACACGUCUAAUGCCACCACCCAUGCAGUUGAACUCGCCGCCAAUCAAUACCUUCAAUGUGCCCAUGAAACCCUCGCAAGCGCAUACGGAGUAUCGGCACAGCAUGUCGGCGGCGCCACCAGCGCACGCUUCGACAAUGUCAAGCAUGGGACCAUCUUCGUCAUCGUUGUCGCCGCUCGCAAUGCAACAUAUGAAGAUGCAGCACCAUCCAAGCAUGUCCACAACGGCUUCGUCCUCGUCGUGGAUGUAUCAUGCACCGCCUACCAUGCAUCACCAUCAGCAGCAGCCUCAAAAUCAUCAAUAUGCUAUGCCCAGCGGUUCGGCAGCUGUCGUUUCAACGUCGGCCCAGUCAUCGCGUAUGCCAGUUUCACACAUUUACGACUCACAUCCGCAGGACUCCCAUCACUACUUCAGCUACGCACGUCCCAGCUCGAAUAGCAUCACUUCGCAUCCUCCACAAGAGUCUUACACGGCCAAUUCGGUACGCCAUAGUCCGAACAGUCUAAAGCAAAGCAGUGCUGGACGCAAGCCAUGGUUGCAUGAGCUCUUACAGAAGGAGGUCGUAAAAACAUCAGCCAAGCCUAAUUAUUCGACGUCCGCCAAUAAGUAUGCGUACGAGACUACAAAGCCCAUUUAUGAGCGCAUGCCAUCCACCAAUGCAAUAAGCGGUGGUUUCACACCAAUAACACCGAUUACGCACGUCUCAGCGCCUCCAACUGUAGCUACCACGACGACCACAACAACAACUACACCACGUGUGUCUUCAACAGCAUCCUCAAUUGCUAUCACACCCAGCGUUUUCUAUCCAACUAUCAGCCCUACACUGGUCCCAUAUACCCCCCGCACCACUACGCAUGUCAUUUACACUACACCAACAACAACGACGACACCGCGCACUACUACGUCGACGACUUCUUCACGCCUACUGAUACCAACCACCAGCAAUUUGGCAUCCCGACCGACUGUGGCACCAAUGCAAAUGACUACCGACUCCUUAUUUUCACACUACAAACAACCCGAAGCGCCAUUCAGAGGCCCUAUGUACCUAAUUAUUGAAGGUCACUCGAAAGUGAAGAAAUACGGCAAGAAUGGUAUCAACUUGAAUCUACCGAAAAUAGUGCCCGUCAUACCGAAACGUGAACCUGUCGUGCGUGUAGCGGAACCAGGAGAGGAGAAGCGUGGCACGCCCGAAACCUUCCAUGUAGAACAUCUGCAUGUGAAGACCUCGACCACGACGACGACGACGACGACGACGACAACAACAGCACAGCCUUCAACGACACCGAAAUCUGUGACGACAGCCAAGCCUUCGACGACCACAACAGCGAAACCUACGAAAGCUGCGCCAACAAUGAAAGCCACACCAACUACUUCAAAGCCUAUAAUGACCACAAAACCGAAUACAACCGCUAAUUCCGCUAAAUCAACAACGAAACCAGUGACAUCAACGACAACAACAGCACGACCCACAGCAACCACUGUAUCUUCUAAAGUCAUCAGCACAACAGCCGCAGCAGUUACCACAAAAGCAACUACAAAAAGUACUGUUAGGUCUGAAGAGUUUAAGCCAACAUCAACGCCAGCUGUUGCAAAGCCUACACAAAGCGAGCCACUGCUAAAGCUCGAGCUGCCUAAUGAGCCACCAACUGGCAUGUCGGGAUUACUCAACCUACUUGACUCCUCGCUAGGCGGACUCUUUGCCGAGCAGCCAUUAGAUUCAAUUGAACUGCCUGCGUCACCAACUCAAGCAAAACAAACGGCAUCCACCAAACUUGCGGUGAUGAGCUCACCCAGCACUGUUUUGAAGGCAGUCAACACCGCCACUCCCGCGUCAAUUGCCGCACAAUCUGCGGUAGUACCUGUCGUACCAGAUGCACGCAUUGGCACUAACGCCGCCGACACCUUUGCUUCGGGUUCGGCAGAGUUUAGCUUCACCACAGAUAUGCCGCCACGUGAGGUGCGCCAAGUAUUCGAUUAUGAUCAGCGCCCGGAAUCACGUCUUAAGGAUUUCGUAAUUGAGCGUUUCGAUGGCGACGCAACCGAUGAUGAGGGAGCGUCGUCCGCUUUCUACGAUGAUGAAUUCGAGGAGUAUGAUGAAGAGGGCGCAAACAAUAGUGCAAAUGGCGAUCUGCCAAUUAAGCGCAUGGAUCGGUUUGUCGAUGGCGAAGAGGGUGAGUUUGUGGGCGAUUACGAGGAUGUGGAUUUGGAGGAGUUGGGCAUGAGUGAUGUGGCGCCAUCGUCCAUACUUGUGCGCACACAAGCGAAAAUGGCGUAGACGUGCCCCCGCCAGACGCCAAGGGCG